UACGUCUACACACAUGAAGUUUAUGACCAAAUGCCGAGGAAAAUGCUGCUUUAUCUACGAAUGAGAUGCAUUCUGCAUUACUGCACAAGAGAAGAGCUUGAUAACGGAUUGUCAAACGACUGGCCUGUUAUUGUGAUGAGUACCGAUACAACGAGAGCAACGGAGGCUAUAAGAGACGUUGUCAAUGAUAUAUUUCACGACUGGCAACUCUCACAUGUGAUAUAUGUUCUACUGAGCAGAAAACCACCUCGUACACUUGAUGUCAGUCGUGAUACAAGACUCUCAAAAUUGCAGACAAUACUUCAAUACUGGAUCUACGACGCGGCCUUAGAAAACGCAUCUUUCAUAAAAUGUUUCUGGAAUAAUUUUAGAAUAUCCAAUAAACUAGUAAAUUCUGCAUACCGUAUAGUAAAAAAAACUAAAACUGAUUCAAAUUGUGUGCACUCGGUAUUACACAGCAGGAGUUCUAGUGUAUGAACUCUCAAUCCCCGAAAAAAAAAACACAAAUCCGUCAUACUUUCUAGUGUACUUGAACUAGUCUACGGUUUUAUUCCAGUUCAGAUGAAACUUUAAAAAUCAUUAACAUGAAGCUGAUAUGGUCAUAAUAAUUGUUUUACGUUUUUUGUUCUUAUAAAUAAUACAACUACAUCUAUUUCUUGUGUAUACAAUUCCUCCUACAGGUUCAAUCCAAUUCAAUUCUAUUUCAUCAUCAACAUAAUGGGUAAGGAUAUUAACACAUCUUCAUAAUUUUUAUUUCGAGUAUAAUUCAUUUAUUGGACAUUUAUUUCAUCUACAUAAUAUUAUAACCUAUCAGAAUUUAUAAAGUGUAGAUAAUAUCUACAGCCAACUUGGACUACAAACAUUUUGAAGAAAUAAAAAAUAACUAAUAAUUAAGCUAAAAAAGAUGAUGAAAAAAAUCUUAUUUCAAUAUCUAUUUAACUAAAUGGGACGACACUGAAAUGUUUUAGAUAUGUUGGAAUACAGCUAGUAUCAUGUAUAUAUAAAAGAAUACAGAUUACUGAUUGACUGACAAAUGAUUUGUCAUGUUUUAAUGGAUUACCUGAUGGUAUUUUAACCUAGAGUACAGUCCCACUUAGAAAUUAAGGAAUAUAAAGGAGGUACAUGUAGAGGGUUUGAAACAUUUGAUCUUAACUUAACAUAUAGCUAUGUUCAAUAUCCAUCGUUCUCUAAAUGAAACUCUAUGUGUACUAGUAUUGAAAUAUUUUUUUUCAAUAGAUUUAAAGUUAGGUCAAUGUUUCGGAAAAAAAAUCAAAUACAACCAAAUGAUAGACAGAAAGAGUUGUUUUACAUGAAAUUAAACAUCAUAUAUAUUUAAUCGUUUUUAUUUUAUGUUUACCAGUGAAUUAUAGAGUUUUCUCAGUGACAUAAAAGUGAUAAUCCAUAGUUUUGAAACAGUAGAUUAUCAUUUUUAUUUUCACUGUUUUUGCCGAACUUGUUCCGGUCCCCCGUUGCAAUUGAAGUCAAAUUGUAUAACGGGCGUUAUGAAUACCGGGGACCAUAAUGACGAUGACGUCGUUAAAAUGACGUCAUUUGUGUUAUGCUUUCUGUUGAUCUUUCCCGCGAUUUUCG